AUGGACUUCCUCAGCGCUCGCCAGACCAGUGUCGAGACCACCCAGUCCGAGUUCAUGCAGCAUGUGGGGUUCCUGAAGCCAGUCUUCUUUCACAUGGCGUCCGGAUUCAAGCGCACGGCAAUGGAAGCGGGCUUCCAAGGACCAGCUUCUCAGCACGCUCAUCGGGUUUUCAGUGAGCUGCUGUCCGGAUUGGUCGCAUGUCUUGGUAUCUCGGUCGAUUUGACAUCGAUUUCAAACCUCCCCAACAAACCUGCCCAACGCGCUGCCCUGAAGGGAAUUUUGAAAGACCUCGAAGCCAAUGCACAGGUCACGGCAACUCAGAGGCAGAAAAAAGACGCGGCAGCAGCACUCAAGGAACUGGAAUUGGAGGUUUCGCCAGGACAGCCGAAUUUCGUGAUUGGUGGCCAAUUGCUCCAGACGCUCAAAACUGAGCUUGACCUCAAGGUUUCUUUGGACCAAGCCCAGCUGCGAGCCGCGGCUGCCCGGCUGCGAGCCGCAGCGCUGCGCGGGCCGCUUUCAAGCGAACCGCCUUCAAUCACGGAUCCUGAUGAAGCUAUCGCCAUCUCCACGUCCCGCGUGGCUCCCAGACAGCCCCCGGUAUGGCUGCGUCCAACUUCACCAAAAAGACCGCUGCCCGUGCUGGACAAGAUGCCCAGGGAGGUCGUCCGCGGUCAAGUGCUCGCGUUGCGAAAUGCUGGCCUCUCCUACAACAAGAUCGCCACCCAGCUUCACCUCCCACGUUCUACAGUGAUCAGCAUCACCCAACGUUUCUCGGGAAGGGCGACGACGAGCGACAGCCCCCGCCCCGGUCGCCCCAGCAAGCUCAAGUCAUUUCACCGCAACAACAUUGUAGCACAGAUCCUCCUCGAUGAGUCCGACACCGCACCCGAAGUGGCCGCCACUAUGCGCACAUUGUCCAAACAUUGGACCGUCGAUGACUGGCUGAGGGUCGUCUUCUCCGACGAGACUGCUCUCUAUCUCUACAGGAACAACAACGGUGGUCGUGUAUGGCGUCUGGUUGGCGAAACGUUGACCGAUCGAUGCGUGCAGGGCACGGUCAAGUUCGGCGGUGGCCAUAUCAAUGUUUGGGGCGCCAUCUCUCGUUUCGGAAUUUCGCUUUUCUGCGAGGUCGGCGACGUCAUGAACGGCGACACCUACCUCUCAGUUUUGGAGAGCGAGUUGCUAGCAAGCAUUCGCAUCACCGUCCUGGACUGGCCUGCGAACUCUCCCGACCUCAACCCCAUCGAAAAUGCGUGGAACAUGGUCAAGAACAAGAUCUACCAGGAGAGGGAGAUCAAGAGCAAGGCCGCGUUGUGGGAACGCUUCCAAGCGGUCUACGAAGAAGUGCUCACGCCAGAGGUCUGCCGCGAUCUCAUUUCAUCGAUGCCGCGCCGCAUUCAAGCUGUGAUAGAUGCCAAUGGUGGUUAUACCAAGUACUGA